AUUAUAAACAUUCAGACUCUCUUUGUAAUUUUGCUGAGCUUAAAAAAAAUAUGUUUACUUAGAAUUUAAAAGUGCAUUAUAUUCAUUGAUUUUUAUUUCUAGCUAAAAACAGUAAAUUAUUAUAAAAAUGGAAAUCAAGACAAAUUACAUGGAGAAUAAAAAGGGGAUAGAAAACAAUCACGUCUUCUCAGUGCUUUCAAUUGCUAUUGCAAUACCGUUGUCAAUGUCUUUUUGGAUCAUAAAUAUGAUAUACUCAAAAUUAUUUCAGAGUGAAGGUUUUGAUGACUUCCCUGUGAUAUCUCCUAGCAGAUGGCUGGCAUCAUGUUUAAUACCGAUACCAAUCGCUGUUUAUGGCUACAAGAGAAGAACUUUAAAUCUUAGUGGGGCCUUACUUGCCCUUGUUGUUGGUUUUAUUCUUGUCCUAUCCAACUAUUGCUUUGUAAUUAUAUUAUUGACAUUUUUCUUUACAUCAUCAAAAGCCUCUCAUUUCCGUCCACAUCUAAAAAGAAAAUUUGAAGAGGACUUUAAAGAAGGUGGCGAGAGAACUUGGGUUCAAGUACUAUGUAAUGGAGGAAUGGCUACUCAGCUUGCACUUCUCUACUUAAUUGAUGUUGGGUCUUCUGAGCGACCUAUUGACUUUAUCAAAGAUUAUCGAGCAUCAUGGUUGAGUAUGGGAGUACUUGGAGUACUUGCUUGCUGUAAUGGGGAUACAUGGGCAUCAGAAUUAGGCACAGUUUUAUCUAAAUCUGACCCAUAUUUGAUUACUACUUUUAAGAAAGUACCAAAAGGAACAAAUGGAGGAGUUAGUUUAAUUGGAACUGUUUUAAGCACUGUUGGGGGACUUGUGAUAGGAAUUGCACAUUAUUUAUCUAUUCUAUAUUUUGCUGAUACAAACAUACUUACAUAUGCACCUCCUCAAUGGCCUAUUAUUCUCUAUGGAGCAAUUAGUGGUCUCAUUGGAAGUGGUAUUGAUUCACUUAUGGGGGCGACUAUGCAGUAUAGUGGUGUUGAUAAAGCAGGGAAAAUAGUAUCUCACUCAAGUAUUUCUAUUAAACAUAUAAGUGGCAAAAAUAUUUUGGAUAAUAAUAGUGUUAAUUUAAUUUCAACAAUUAUUAUGGGCUUGAUGAUUCCUACUAUAAGUAAGCAAUUUUGGCCAUUAGUUUAAAUUGCAUUAUGGUUAUGCAUAUGACCUAACUGUCCAUUUUAAAGACAGCAUUUCAUUAAUGACUUAUUAAUUAAUAUUUUUAUAUGGACUUUUAUAUCAAAUAAAUGUAUAAAGUUAC